CGUUCACUGCUCGUUUAUCUGGAGAAAGAAAAGCGAUCGGUGGGACUAAACGCGAGUUUUCACCGCGGCCUGCUAUUGGAUUCAGUGGAUGAUUACAGAAACGAGUCUGAUUAAUUCUGGUAAAUCUAAACGUGAAGCUGGCGCGUGUGAACCCCGAGUAAACGGUGAUGCCCCAUCAGUGAUGGAUGCCAUGGCCGUGAGCACGUCAGCGGCGGGUCCCGAUGAGUUCGACCGCAACGCGCCGCGCAUCUGUGGAGUGUGUGGAGACAAAGCCUCCGGUUUCCACUUCAACGCCAUGACCUGCGAGGGCUGCAAGGGCUUCUUCAGGCGCAGUAUGAAGCGCAAGGCCAGCUUUACCUGCCCGUUCAGUGGAAACUGCUCCAUCACCAAAGACAACCGGCGUCACUGCCAGGCCUGUCGUCUGAAGCGCUGCGUCGACAUCGGCAUGAUGAAGGAGUUCAUCCUGACGGACGAGGAGGUGCAGAGGAAGAAGGAUCUGAUCCUGAAGCGGAAGGAGGAGGAGGCGGCGCGUGAGGCGAGGAAACCUCGUCUGAGUGAAGAACAGAGGCAGAUCAUCAACACACUGAUGGAGGCGCACCACAAGACCUACGACGACUCCUACUCCGACUUCGUGCGCUUCAGGCCUCCGGUCCGUGAGGGUCCCAUCACUCGCAGCGCCAGUCGAGCCGCGUCUCUACACUCUCUGUCUGACGCCUCAUCAGAUUCAUUCAACCAUUCACCAGAGUCUGUGGACACGAAGCUGAACUUCAGUAAUCUGCUGAUGAUGUAUCAGGACAGCAGCCCCGACUCCAGCGAGGAGGACAGCUCUCGGCUCUCCAUGUUGCCGCACCUCGCGGAUCUCGUCAGCUACAGCAUCCAGAAGGUCAUCGGAUUCGCCAAGAUGAUCCCGGGGUUCAGGGACCUGACGGCAGAAGAUCAGAUCGCUCUGCUCAAGUCCAGUGCCAUCGAGAUCAUCAUGUUGAGGUCGAACCAGUCGUUCAGUCUGGAGGACAUGAGCUGGAGCUGCGGAGGACCGGACUUCAAAUACUGCGUCAAUGACGUCACCAAGGCGGGUCACACAGUGGAGCUGCUGGAGCCGCUGGUCAAGUUUCAAGUGGGUCUGAAGAAGCUGAACAUGCAUGAGGAGGAGCAUGUGCUGCUGAUGGCCAUAUGUCUGCUGUCUCCAGAUCGCCCGGGCGUUCAGGACCACGUGCGCAUCGAAGCGCUCCAGGACCGCUUGUGUGACGUUCUCCAGGCGUACAUCCGCAUCCAUCACUCGGGCGGGAGACUCGUCUACGCGAAGAUGAUCCAGAAGCUGGCGGACCUGCGCAGCCUGAACGAGGAGCACUCGAAGCAGUACCGCUCGCUGUCCUUCCAGCCCGAGCACAGCAUGCAGCUCACGCCCCUGGUGCUCGAGGUGUUCGGCGGCGAGGUGUCCUAGCAUCCGAGGGCCCCCCGGAGCACUCCCGGACCCACGCCGGAUCCCAGACCCGGGAGCUCGGCGCUUCGGCUAGGAGAGCGUCACGGUUCACACUGCGGGGGGCUGUAGAGAGAGAGAGAGAGAGAGAGAGAGAGAGAGAGAGGUGUGUGUGUGUGAGAGGGUGGUGCACAGGUCUGGAUAAUAGAGAGAGACACGCACUGCAAACAAAUGCUUUUCUUACUUAGUAUUUUUAUUUUUAAGCGUCAACUGGGAAUGGAAUUCCCCCCGGAAAACAGAAUAUAAUAUCUUACAUCAUUUUACUCAUCUAGUAAAUGCAUCUUGAUUUAAGAAAUGUUUGAUAUUUGGACUGGAAACAAGACAAAAAUACUAAUUAAGAAAAGCAUUUUUUGCAGUGUGUGCGUGUGUUGGUGUGUGUGUGUGUGUGUGUGUGUGAGGGUGGUGCACAAGUCUGGAUAAUGUUGCGGAAUUCCCGCAUUUAUGCUACUGGGAAUUUCCGAACGGAAUGUAUUAAUAAUGUAUGAGUAGAACCAUGCAUAUACACUAAUAUUUAUAUUAGAGAGAGAGAGAGAGGUAUGGCCAGGUGAUCCUCUGUUGUAAUAGGAUUAGCAGGCUCUUCUAGUUCAUUGGAUAAAUGAGUGUGUUUGUGUGACGAAAUUAGAUUUAAAUUCACAGUGGCUCUGUUUCAAAACCUAGCCAACGCCCUAGGUAGACUGCGUGGUAUGGGUCACGAAUGCAAUCCCAUAAUGCAAUGGUGGGAAAAACCAUCCCAUACUGCGAAUUUUUAAUUUUUUUUAAAUGUUUCAAUCAGCGACAUUGUUGCAUUUCUAUGGAAGAGGAUUAGGGCCAAGCAAAAAAGAAAAACUAAAUUAAAUCAUUAUAAUAAGUCGAAAUACAAUGUUGAGAAUAAACUUGAGUUUUCUUCAUUGAGAGAUAAAAAAACGUCACAUUUCUAGGAAAACAAUGUUGAGAACAAAUUCAUUAAACUCGACAAUAAAGAAAAAACCUCAAAAUAAAACGGUGAGAAUAAACUCAUUAAAUUUGAACUGGUGUCUCCUUGAGGUGCGUUAUAAUCAAUUUUUGAUUAUAAGUAUAUAUAAUUCCUUCACUCGCAUUGAUUAGCAACAUACCAACGUCCAAUUCUAUUUCAAUCCAUUGCAAAUUAGGUUAAUUGCUAUUCAUACGAGUUACGAAUCUAGGUAGUGCGUCACUUUAAACCUCCUUUUUCGGAAAUUUUUUUAGUUUACUAGGUUUUGGGACGGUUGCCAUUUUGACUCGCUGUGUGUGCAGAUUUAUGAGCCAAAAUAUCACAAAAAUACGGGCCUGGCUCACACACACACACUUUGAAAUGAGAGUAGAGGGCCUGACCUGUUGGUCUGAUGUCUGUAUAGAUGACCACAAGAGAACUGAAGCUCCCCGAGAUCAGCCCGAAUGCUGCUCGAUAUUAUUUAUCAUUCAUAACAAGGCCAUCCGGCUGCUUCAACCUCAUAUUAUCGGUUUAGUCCAAGACGAGGCCUUGCUUUACCCUGAAAACGGAUCUUAUAUGGGUGCAGUACCUCUUUAAGCGUCCAUUGUCAAAUCUAUUGUGAUUUUAAUACUCAGAAUAUCAUGUUUGAUCAAUUCAUUUGUCAUCAAGCAUAAUCGACCGUCAACCCAUUUUUAUGUAAAUCGCCCUAUAAAGUAAUCCGUUUUAUUUCAAAUUCAGAAAAUUGAUGUACAAUGAUCCAAAAUUGACAUCCUCAAAUGGUUGGUAAAAUGGUUUUGCACAAAUGCACCAAUUUAAACCCAAAUCCCCCCAGUGGUUUUACCUCCAAACACACUGAAUUCAUGAUAACGUUGCAUGAAUUUAGCGUGUCCCGUUCCAGCGGGUUCUGCGCUGAUCUCUUGUGGUCAUGAGCUGUAAAUACCACUUGUUUCUGUACAUAUGUCUAAUGAAACGGAUAGGCUAAUACAGUUGAAGCAGCAGCUUGGGAGAAAUAUGCAAAUCUCAUAUUUUCAUAACGUUUUUCGGUGUCUUUCUCUCUCAGACGACAUUUAAUAAGCUUUUACGACCGUAUCUAUUCCUGAUGCUUUUUAGGUGCGAAUAUAUAAUGACGGCUAAUCAUGGCUUAGUUUUGUACGGAUUUUGAGAACUCAAACUGGACUAUGUUUUUAUUUCUGCAAAACCGCUGCCUCAAACCAGCCAAACUGAAACACACACACACACACAUAAGGACUCGUGGAAGGAAGCUUUAACGUUACUGCGGGUGAAACGGGAAAAGGGGCUGCUAACGAAAGAGACGACGUCUGCUCGAUCUCCGCUGCAAACGAAAGACUUUUCGAGAGUUUGGACGAACCAUACGUGUAUAUACCAGUUCACGAUAAGCUUCGGACUAGAUUUAUUAGCUAAGAAUGGAGUGUUUUUGCCCCUUUUCGCUCACAGAUGGACACACACCCGUCUCUGCCUCCAUUGCCUCAAACGCAACUGGAUCACUUGCAUCCGAUCAACAAGGGAAAUCAAACAAACCCGCUCUGUACUCAACAGGACCUCAACAGCCAAACAGUUUUGGGUUUUGCUUCAUUGGUUGUCAACGGACGGAGAAAAGUGUCUCUUAAUCAGUAUUUCCGCGAGUAGAGGAACAUCUCUAUGCACUUUUGGAUCAGUUAUUAUGAGUCUUUGUUGAUGUUCUUGGCUAAUGGCUCGACGUGUUGUGAUGCGCAACUAGACUGAAGAAACCCAGUGCUCAUCAAUCCCAUCAUGCACUUUCCCUCCCUGAGAAGUCCUCUCAAAGCGGGUUUCUUGAGUCUAGCUGAAGGAAAUUGACGCGGGUAUACGAAUCGUUUGAUGACUGACUGUCUGAAUGCUGAUUGUAAGGAAAACACAAACCACCAGGUGCCGUUGUUAACCAAAAUGAACUACCUCUCUUCACACAUGUAAUCAUUACACCAUUUCAAUGUUUGUUUGUUUCCUUUUUUUAAAGAAACACUAUAAAUCCCUUACUUAUUUAUUCC